AUGGCCGUGGCUCCAAAAGUGAAAUCCUACAACCUCCCUCCUACUCCCCUAAUCCCCAAUUCACCCUACCCUCUACUCCACUACCCCGCCUUACUCCGCGACCAAGUGCAAUCCCCCGACUUCCAAACUACAAACAUCUUUGACCUCUUCGCAAGCAACGGCUGGCAGUCCCAAUGGAUAGCCCGCUACGGCCCAGACAUCCAGUCACACUACCACUCCACCACGCACGAAUGCAUGGUCGUCAUCUCAGGCCAGGGCGCAACCAUUCGUUUCGGCGUUGCGGACAGCAAGACGUGGGACUACGGCAAAUUCGCCUUUGGUGACAGGGCAGAUGGUGAAGAAGGGGGACUAGAUCUCCAGGCUGGGCUGGGCGAUGUCUUCAUUAUUCCCUCGGGCGUGUCCCACAAGACUUUUAAUCCCAGGCCUAAUACAAGUGUUUUGGCCUUCCAUCAGCCUGACGAUAUUGCCAAUGGGCAGGCAAGGGAUCUUUCACCAGAGAAGGAGAGGGCUAGGAGAGACUUCUUUAGUAAGGUGCCUGUGGAAGGCGAGUUUAUGAUGAUGGGUGGGUAUCCGUAUGGAGGUGUGUGGGACUUCGCUGUCGGAGGCGAGCAUAAAGGUCACGAGGAAGAUGUUUGGUUUGUGCCAAAGCCAGAGAAAGAUCCUGUUUUGGGAAAGAGCAAAGAAGGCUUGGUCGGGUUGUGGGCGGGGAGGGAGAGGGGUAGCAAGUUGUAG